UCUGUUUCUGACUUCCGGAGUUCAAGCCAACGUCCGUCAUUGAAGCUUCCAAUUGAUCGCAUAUAUAUACUAGUGACAUUUGCUUUGCCGAGGCGUUUAAAGAUGUUCCAGAGACCUAGAAAGAAAACUAUCACUUUACUUCUCUUGUUGAUAGCUACUUUAUGUCUGUUAUUUUAUACUUACGACGCUAACACAAACGACAGUGAUUCGACAAGCAAGCCUCUUCAUUUGGCUACCUUGACACGGCAGACACGGAAUUCUCAAGAAUCAAAUCAAAUGGAGUCUCCAAAUCACCUAGUAAGUUGGUCUUACUUAUACCCGACAUUUAUGAUCUCUUCGGAGGAGAGACUCGCCAAUCUAAGAGCGGAGUGCCAAGGCCGUCAAGCAUCAUGGUCUAGACUAUCGGUCGCUGAGAAACGGAUCCUUGCCCGACAAGUCAUCGUGGACGAUGAACAUAAGCUGUUGUUCUGUUUCAUCCCCAAAGCAGGGUGCGCGAACUGGAAGCGCGUCUUUCGUGUGUUAGACGGCCGUGACAAAAAUGUGAACCACAUUGCCAAGUUUGACCACAAGGACUUUAAGUUUCUGGAAGACCUACCCCCGCGUGCAAUUCAGCGAAGGCUAGACACAUACUUUAAGUUCGUCUUUGUAAGGGAGCCUCUCAGCCGAUUACUCUCGGCUUACAAAAACAAGCUACAAAAUUCAACGGCCAUACCAGGAAAUGGUUUCGUGAAGCGAUACGUCAACGAGAUGACUAAGCAUCGAAGAAAACACAACUCCGAGAAGUUGUCAAUAACUCUCUCCGAUUUUUUCUUGCAUAUAUCAAAAACAAAGGCAGCGAAGUUAAAUGACCAUUGGAUGCCAUUCAAAGACUUGUGCCAGCCAUGCGCCAUGAAUUACGAUUUCGUAGGUUCGCUAGAGAACAUAGAGCAAGACUCACAAAAAGUGUUUAGACUCUUGAAUAUUCAGGACAAGGUUGUGUAUCCGACAAGACAACAUUACUAUGAUGAUCCAGAGACUGGGAAUAGAUUAAAUGAUAAAUUACUGAGCACCGUACCUCGAAAACUUGUGCAAAAAGCGCUUAGGAAGUUUGAGCGCGAUUACGUGCUCUUUUCGUACCCCUAUCCUGGUCUAAGGCGACGCUCCUAACAUAAAUUUAAAGUUUUGAAAUAAAGUUGGAGUUAUGCUUUUCGCA